GCGUCUGGACUGCGCCGCGCACUCGGAACCGAGGCUUCGCGGUCAACGGCUUCUUUGCGGGCCCCGCCGCAGCCGACCGGGCUCCUCGGUGGAGAGAAGAUGGUGGGCCGGAACAGCGCCAUCGCCGCCGGCGUGUGCGGGGCCCUUUUCAUUGGUUACUGCAUUUACUUCGACCGCAAGAGACGGAGUGACCCCAACUUCAAGGACAGGCUGCGAGAACGAAGAAAGAAACAGAAGCUUGCCAAGGAGAGAGCUGGGCUUUCCAAGUUACCUGACCUUAAAGAUGCUGAAGCCGUUCAGAAAUUCUUUCUAGAAGAAAUACAGCUUGGUGAAGGAUUACUAGCUCAAGGAAGAGGACAUCUGCACAGAGGGACGACCAGGAACUCAUGUGUACGGACGAAAGUCCAUGGGAGGACACAGCGCCAAGGACAGAGGCUUUCAGGAGAAACCAGCUCUGCCGACACCUUGGCCUCAGAUUUGCCAGCCUUCAAAACUGUGUGAAAACAAAUGUCUAUUCUUUAAGCCACCCAGUCUGUGGUAUUUUUUAUGGCAGCCCUAACAAAAUUACUCAUUGCCAUAGUAAAAUUUCAUCAGAAUGCUUUAAGAGGUUCUUCAUUCAGGAUGUGUUAGGAGUUGGGGAAGUGGCCUCCGCCAAGGAGAGCAAAUGUGGGGAGGCAGCGAUUGAUUGGGAAGACCCAGACAUCAGUUUAAAAUUGGCUGCUGUCUUCCUCUCUCCAGGCCAAGUCUAUCCCGACACAUCCGGCCACUCAGGACUGAGGAGACUGAGCCCAACUGGGCAAUUAAUAUCUUGCAAUCACAUCAUGUACUCCUACCUGAAGCCCUCUGAGUGUAUGAGCACUGUGCGGUAGGACCCUGGCUAACAAAGGCAGGGGAGCAGGUGACAGCCUGCUAGGGGAUGGAGGGGUUGGUCCAGAUGAUUGUCCAUCCCUGUGACAUGAGAGCUGAAGUUGACCAAUUGUCAUAAUGGAAUUUUGAGGGCAGGCUUGAUGACUAGCAUGGGGUCAUCAACUUGGCUAGUGUAUUAAUGAGGGUGAUGGGUGCUGGCUGUGGGGGCAAACGACCUGCAGUUUCAGGGGCUUAACAUAAUAAAGUUUUAUUC